AUGAAUCAAGAUCCUUCACCCAUCAUUAAAGCUCUACUUUUGAGCAAUGAUUCUAUCCGCUGGAGAAUUGACGAAAUGUCAGGUCAUAUCGACGACGUACGAAUUCAAAGAUUGAAAACAACGAAUUUUUCUAUUCAAACUGACGAAAGCACAGUUAUUGACAAUAAGGCCCUUUUAAUGGGAUAUGUACGAUAUUUUGAUGGAAACUGUGCAUUACAAGAAGAUUUAUUAUUUGUAAAACUGUUGGAGACUGACACAACGGACACUUCUAUGUUUUCUGCUGUGAAAACGUUUUUUGAAGAAAAAGAAAUUCCACAUUAUGAAAACUUAGUUUCAUGUGCUACUGAUGGCGCAGUGUCUAUGGUUGGGAGACACAAACGAUUUAUCUCUCAUUAA